AACCUACAUGUAUCAAGAAAGUUAAUCGAAUGCGACACGACAAUUUCAGUGAUGAAUACAAAACCAAACCAAUCCCACCGUUGCCACCAACGAUAGACGUUAGCAGAGCAAGAGAUGUACACCAAUCAAGACUUGAGGAACUUGAUGAGGCUUAUGUUGACAGACUUCCUCCUCGUCCCCCAAUUGAAAAGCCAAGACCUCCACCACAAAUUCCUAGACACUUUAAAAACCCACAAGUGGAAGAUGAGUAUGAUUUGCAAAGACCAGUCAUGCAGGCGCUUAGUCCGCAAGAACAAAUGAUAAAAGAAUUACGCAAUCGUACGCCAAGACCAACAACAACACAGAAUACUGAGCCAUAUGACGAUGUAGAAGCGACGCAACCUUCAUCAAAACCUACUCCAACACCGAGACAAAGGCAGAUGCCAAGAAAAUGAUUAUUCAUUCAUCAGUGGGAAACUGAUGAAAUGUUCAACUUUGUCCUUUAAAUUCUUUGAGAAUCUUAUGGUGAGGUAGUUCUUUAAUGGUCUUAAAAAGUAAACAGAAAUUUCAGCUUUUCGAUAAUAUUAUUAUACAUCUUUAGAGGGUUUUUUUUUUGAAACCAAGUGUGUAUUACAUGUUUACGUCAGGCCCUGUAGCUCAAUUUCAG